AUCCCAAGUUCGGGAAGAUGGCGUGGGGCGUAGGUAGCGUAUACCUACGGCUGAAAAAGCGCCACCCCGGGGACAAAGAUGCGCACACCCUCCAGGCAGGCGAGGUCGAGAAGGACCUAGGUCUGGAGACCAUAGUGGAGGCCGCCCAGGGUCUUGCGCUGGACGACUUGGAGGAGGAGGAGGACGGUGACCUGACAAUCAUAGUCAACCCGUCGUGCGAGGUUGAGUUAGCCACCCAUGACACUAAGGGUGCUGCAACUCAAUCUUCAUCAAAGCAAGGUAGCGUCGGCGGAGCUCCUCAUUGCCAUGGAGCAAGGGCCCGCCGACAUAGCUUUAGUCCAGGAGCCGUGGAUUGCGUCAGGCAACUCUGUGGCCAGACUGAAGUCCUCAAAUUACAAUCUUCUCUACUCAACAUCGCACGGAUGACCUGACGGUGGUGAUGCUGGAGAGCGAGGAAAAGCGCCUAAUGGCAGCUUCCUGCUACAUGGCACACGACAGGCCCGCCCCACCGGAAGAACUUAGGAGUCUGGUGACAGAAGCCGGCUCCAAAAAUCU